CAAAAACUGUAAUUUUGCAGCUCAUACUUCAUAUCAUUAAAAUAAAUAUGAAUAUGGUCAGAUAAAACAAUAAAAAUCAAAAAAUCUGUAUGAUAAAAUUGAAUUUGGGGUGACUUGAAACGUGUUUCAAGUUACCCCACAAUUGUACUCAUUGGAAAAUUUUUUUUUAUAAUUUUUUCAAAAGCUUUUAACCGUAAUCUAUGUACAUCAACAGAAACAGAAAUAAGUAAGGUUUUGCUACACCUCAUUUCAAUAUGAUACAAUAAUAUUUAGUAUGAUUUCCACAUGAAGUUUCUACGAGCAUUUUUUAGGUUAAAAAACAUGAGAUUAAAAAAAUAUAAAAAAAUUAUGCUUACCUUUGAUAUUAACUAUCAAUUUUCGUAAAUAGUGUCAGCUGAAGUCUUCCAGAGUGUACACCAUGCGAUAUAACCUCAAAAAUAUUGUUCGCAGUGCUGCCACUACCAACAUUAAAAAACUACCUCCGACUGUUUCAAGUUACCUCGCUGUUUCAAGUUACCCCACUUUACGGUACUAAUAAAUCACACUGUGUAACAACACGUCUUAACAUAACCUCUAUUCUCUAAACUGCAGAAAAAUAAUACCAUAUUAAACUAUCGAUAGUAAAGUUUCGAUAGUUUGACUAUCGGGAACUAUCGAUAGUGGAAAGACUAUCGAUAGUAUCGAUAGUGCUAUCGAUAGUAUGUCAUCACUAGUGUUAUUCACCCAACCAUAGAUGAAGAAGAAAGAGAAGUUAGUUCUGGCGAGGUUAAAAUCAAUAGAUUUGAGAUGAUGAAGUAGAGCAGAUGAUAUUUCUUGGCUUCCCUUACCUGCUGUAUUUUCAGUCCAAAUGUAAAAUGUAGGCUUUAUAGUCUUCAAAUCUGUAAUACAAAAGUUAUAAAGAUUGAUUUGUCUCGCAUAGAAGGCUUCUUGAAUUGGCGUUUUUGACAGCGGUUGAAUUUGUUGAAGGUCAAAGCAAAGUGUGAAUGAAUCAGGCGAUAGACAGAAAUGCGCGGAAACUAGGUUUAAAGCACAACGAAGAAUGCGGCUGUAAUGUCGCCAAAAGAUUGAUGGCAACUGCGCUUCUUCCGCAUGAGGUCAUUCCUCAAGCUGUUCAAGUCAUUGAGCAGCUUGUGGAAUCAACCCCUCCAGCCUACCAGACAAAAGGAAAACGUCUAUUACAAUAUUUUAAGGAUGAAUGGAUCACAAAAGUGACACCUCACGCUUUCUCCGUGCACGGCCAGAAGAGCAGGACAUACAACUGCCAGGAAUCAUUGAACAGAAACAUUAAUCGAACCAUCAAGACUCAAGGGAAUACUUGGGACUUUUGGGGGAUGGUUGCAGAUCAGUAUACAAGAGACAAAAGUUACUCAGUCUUCCAGCUCUUUAAAGACGUGCUCAAGUUCGACUUCCAUUACCAAGAUAACUUUUCAAGUUGGAGCUACUGUCACUGUAGUACCUACUGCUGCUGUUGUAACUACUGCUACUGAGGCGGGCCCAUAUUCAAAUUAUAUAUGGGAGCCAACCCAAUUGAUAACAGAAACGUUUAUGCCAUUGGAACUGAUAGUUCGACGGAAAGUUGAACUAGAAAGGUCGGUUGGUGCGGCCCAUGUGGAAGAGAGUGAGCUGGCUGGAGAGGGCUGCACAGCCUGCGUCUUGUGCUUAGAUUACAAGGUAACUAGGCUGUGCAGUCCAUGCGGCCAUGCUAAUAUGUGCACGGCAUGCUGCAAUCCAUUUAUUGCACAAGAAUGCCACUAUUCAGUAACAAACUCUGACGGAAGCGUGGAGGUGACAGAUAUCCAUCCAGUUACCACUAACAUGUCCAGUUUGUAGGGCGAUAAUAGGGCAAAUUAUUAGAGUAGUUAUGUAGGUAGUUAGUUAUUUUCUUGGUGUUUCUUUGUAAUAUAAGAGAUGAUUAUUCAUAUUCAGUGUAAUAAAAUAUUGUUUAUAAAUCA